UGGCAAUGGUCUAAAAAUCUCCCACCCAUGACAGAUCUACAAAAAUUAAAACAAAAUAACAUAUGUUAUAAAUUUUAAGUCUAAUAAAUGGUAUUUAUACUAUUCGAAUACUUGAUAAAUUUUAAUUUUUACUUAAUUCUUAAGUUCAACGAGUAGUGCGCCAAAAUUCUAAGGAUGUCAACUCUACAAGCUCGUCACCGGGGACAUAAUAUACCUGAUGGAGUGACAACAUUUAACGAAAUAGAAUAUGAUAGAGAAGGCGGUAUAUUUCUAAACAAGGCAAAACUUAUUUUACUGGGAGUUAUCAUGCUCUUAUUAAUAGCACUAUCAGUCGUUCUAGGACGUUAUUCAGUUGAAAGACAAAUAAGGCCAUACUUAAAUGAUGGUUCAUCGAUGAAUAUAAAUGGCGAUGACUCGUUUACAUUAUUCUCAGCUAUUGAACCGGAAAAUUAUAAAGUUUUAAUCGACCCUCAACUAUACAUUACUAAUGGUACAGUGUCCAAACAUGACGCCGAGUAUAAUGGAGAAGUGGAAGUAAUUUUUAGGCCAAGAAUUGACACUUCUGUUAUUAAAUUGCAUAUUGGACCAUUAAAAAUUGAUAAUACAAAGACUUUGUUAAAACGAAGAGAACAUAUUAAUACGGAAACAGAAAAAGUAUUGAACGACAGAUAUGAAUUUAAGAUAAAUGUCGAUGUAAAUGACGAUCAAGAAAAAUUGACAGUGACCGUAGAGGAGCCAUUGAGAAUGGGACUGUACUAUAGCUUAUUUGUCUAUUAUACGGGUAAAAUUGGUCGAGAUCCAGAUUGCAGUGGGUUUAUUAAAGUUGUCUUUGACGAAGAAAACGUUAGAAACCAAUGGUUUGUAACCACUAAAUUAGCAUCAAACAAGGCUAAAUAUUUAAUGCCUUGUAUAGAUAAUCCUAGACACAAAGCUUUUUUUGAAAUGAGUGUGGUAAGACACAAUAAUACUAAUGUCAUUUUUAACACUCAACUGAAGUCUUCUAUUAUAUAUAAAGGAGAUUCGUUUUUAGAUAACUUUGAGAAAACUGGACUAAUUAGACCAGAUUCUCUUUGGCUAUUUAUAUCAAAUUUCAAAAAUAAUACAAUUUUCUCUGACGAAAAAGUACAUAUCAACGCGUGGAGUCCUAUUUCCUUAACUACCAUAGACACAUUAGAAAAAUAUGUACCGAAAACUAUAGACGUUAUGGAAAAGUAUUUAAAAAUAAAGUUUCCAACUAACAAACUAGAAAUCGUCUUAUUACCCAGCAAAGUAACUUCUCUAACUGACAACUCUGGAAUAAUAACUAUCAAAGAUUUAACACUUAUUGAAAAACAAAAUGUUUCAUCAGUUGACUAUCAAAAUUUAGUGGAGGACCUAAUACAACAUGUUAUCCACCAAUGGCUUAUACCGUUGCGUAGUCUUGAUAAAAUUAGUAAACAAGAUAUAUGGUUACAUGAAGCAAUAGCAGAUUUCUUGAAAAUUAUGAGUAUUAAUAAUAUUCAUCCUAAUUGGAGUUUUGGAGCUAGAUACUCGUUUGACACUUUGCAAAAAGUGAUGUUUUAUGACAGUUUUACGAAUACGGAAUCAUUGGCUCGUAAUGACGAAAGUUCCAAAUUGUAUAAAUUUAUUUCUCCUGUUAAAGGAGCUACAAUUUUGUGUAUGUUAAAUAAUACAUUGACUGAAGAAGUUUUUAGUAAAUCUCUUGAAGAGUAUUUACAGGUUGAUAUGUACAGACGAAACGAAUUAAAUAGUUUUUGGACCAUAUUAGAAGAAAAUGCCAGAAGCACAUCAAUUGCACUGCCAGAAAAUGCAGCUAUCCUACAAGUAGUUAGAAGUUGGACAACGAAUAAAAACUACCCAUUAAUUAGUUUGAGUACAGAUGGAAACGAUUUGAUUGUUAAACAAUUUAGAUUUGAGUAUGGCGAUCUAAAACCAACAAAUGAUUGGAUAAUACCAAUAGUUAUUAAUUCUGACGAUAAAAACAAAAAAAAUGUGUGGUUGGAAAAUAAUCCUGAAAUAAAACUAUCGGAAUAUUUUUUAAAUGCGAAUAAAACUUAUGUGUUAGCUCAUCAAAACAAUAAAGGUUAUUUUAGAAUUAUUUAUGAUGAUUCAUUACUCGGCAAAAUCGUUGAAGAAAUAAGUAAGGGUGGUAUAAUAGAUGAGUUUACUAUAGGACAAGUUCUCAUUGACCACUUUGAAGGAGCUCUUGCUGGUGCCAUUUCUUUUAAUACAGCUUUGAAUUUACUUAAUACUGUAAUAGAAAAGGCUGAAUUAAAUAAUGGUUGCUGGAAAGCUGUUUACAACGUGCUAAGCAAACUAGAAAUGAUUUUACAUAAUACAAUUCAUCAUGAUAAUCUUUCGGUGUUCAUGGAAUCCACUGUUAAAAAAGCUUACCGGUAUUUUCAUAACAUUACCACCGAAAUCAAACCCGAUGGUAUUAUUGGAAAAAUAGAUACAUUACAUUUUGCUAAUCAUGUGGAAUUAAACAAUUAUGUAAGAUGGGCAAAAAACGAGUUCGAAAUUUGGAAAAAUAAAGAAACCGAUAAAAACCCAAUCGCACUUGAUCAUCGUGAGUUUGUUUAUUGUACAACCAUGCAGUAUGCCUCAAAAUCAGAUCGGCGAUUUUUGAUGAACAAAUAUAAAACAACAGAAAAUUUUUUAGAGAGAAUGACGAUCGUUAAAAGCUUUCCUUGUUCCCAGAACUCAUUAUUUUUAAAUAAAAUAAUAUCAUUAGAUGAAAUUAGAGAGGAAGAUUACGAUGCCCUUUGGCAGUCUUUUAUAAAAAAUCCAGUUUUGAGUCCACAAAUUUUCCAUUAUUUAAGAAAUAAUUGGGAAUCGUUGUACAAAGAGUACUCUGACUCUAACAAUAAUUUGUUAAUAAUUAUGCUGCGUGUAGCCAUGUGUGGAUUAAAUAGUAUAACUGACUUGGAUAAUGUAAAUCAUUUCAUCGAGAAAUAUUUCGGAGUUAAUGUUGAAAAUAGAGACUUACAACUUUUAGAUGUUAUACGUUUCGAACUUGAAAUACUUGAGCAAAAAAUUGCCUGGCAAGAAAAAUACGAAACAGUUUUUUUAAACUGGUUAGCACCAAAAUUAGAAAAAAUCAAGUCGUAUAUUGACAACAGUGACCAUGAUACAGAAGAAGACAAAAAAAAGCCUAAAACGGAACCUAGUAAAUUAAAUAAAAAUAUUUCUCAAUCGGAUUCAAAUAACAAUAUUUAAAACAAUAUCAUAGUAAACAGUAUUAAAUAAUUAUCUAACAAUACGUAAUAAAAAUACAGCUUAAAUUAAGUUUUUAUGAAUAUUUUCGUGAUAGUUUAAAUUUAGAGUUAUUAUAAAUAGCUUGAACUAUUAUAAGAUUUAGUUAAUAUUUUAUUUUAAUUUAAAUGUUGUAAGUUAGAUUUUAACAAAUAGUUGUUAAUAUAUACGUCAUAUUGUUCUAAUA